AUAGCGCCGCCCAGAAACCCCUGUCUUUUACAGCGGGCAACCCCGUCUGUCUUUCUUUUCGCAAAUCAUGGCGGACCGGUUCAAUAAGGUGUGUAACAGCGCAAGAACCAACAUCACUAUAUUAGUUAAUAAUGCAGCCAUAUAGAUUAAUUUGAUGCAGAACUGGAGCUAACUAUUGAUGUGUGUUAAAUAAAGACCAGUGGAGGUCAUUCGUUGCUUUAUUUGACACAUGAAUGAUGCCAACUCUAGCUAAACUAGUAAUGCCUACAUUUAACGUUAGCUAGCUAAUUAAAGCAAACUAGGCUAGCUAGCUACAAGUACCCUGCAAAAAUGAUUCCCUGAUUCCUUGGCAUUUUUGGUGAAGUGUUUAGAUUAAAUACCUCCAUUUCUCAAUUACAUGACUGAAUUCAAGUUUCAAUAGUUGGGUAACACUAGCUAGCUACAUUUGCAGGCCGCGUUUGCACGAGCUAAUGUUUAGCCCCAGUUAAGAAGCUAUGAACGUCCUUGCCAGCCGGACGUGGCCAUGUGGACACUAAACCAUAACUAAAAUGUAUUUAUCCGUGUUCGUAUUAUUUGUUUGCUUGUCAGUGAUGUUUAUCACAGUAACGUAUUCGAGUUUGACGACCAUGAGAAUACUUUACAUGCACUACCAUCUGAGACAUAAAAGCAAUCUCGUUGAAUCAUUUGAACACCAGGUUUUGGGCAACUAGCUAUUCACUUAUGACUUGAUUAUGCUUAUCCUCCAAGGUUCUGCUGCUUGAUGGCAGAGGCCAUCUACUUGGUCGUCUUGCUGCCAUUGUGGCUAAGCAAGUUUUGCUGGGUGAGUCUUGGAAGUCCAAUAUUUUGUCAAUUAAAACUAAUCUCGUGACUGAUCAUUAUCCAGUCCCAGGAUAUUAUCUCACUUGAUGUGUAAUUACGCCUUGAUGUGGACAUAGCCAUGUCUAGUUUGCUACAACUGUCAGUGAUGCUUUUUUUAACCUACAAUGAUUGAGUAACUGCAAUGAUCAUUCACAUUACCAUCUGAGAUGGUGUAUAUUAUACAAUUGGCUGGUGUUUCAAUGUAAGUCAUGAUUUCUCUCAUUUUCAGGCCACAAGGUGGUAGUUGUGAGAUGUGAGGGUAUCAACAUCUCUGGGAACUUCUACCGUAACAAAUGUAAGUUAUUGACAGUUUUUGUAUAUUUUCAGGUUGACCUUUUUGGUUGAAUUGUAAUGUUUUGUAGGUCCUACGGUUGAUUCAUAGUAAAUAUUUUCAGCUUAAGCUUUGCUUGUCAGUGAUUAACACAGUAAAUAUUUUUGUUUAACGACCAGGAGAAUACUUUACAUGCACAACCAUCUGACACAUUAAGCAACAUAGUAUAUGUCAACUACAGUAGUGAAAUAAUUGUGGCUGUGGUGAAGCGGUUGAGACAAUGGCUUAGCUUGACGGUGUACUGCACCUGUUUUAUGAAUAGUGAAGUACCUGGCUUUCCUGCGUAAAAGGAUGAACACCAACCCCUCUCGUGGACCAUACCACUUCAGAGCUCCCAGCAGAAUCUUCUGGAGGACCGUAAGGGGUAAGAUCAAAACCCCUUCUGUUAAUCUCUGGGAAAGGUUUUUGCUGUUUUUCAGCUCUCUUAUUGUGCCAGUGGUUUGCAUGGACUUAACCUAUAUGGAUAUUUAUUUAAAUAGCCAUAUUGGGUUGAAUGCAUGAAGUACACACAUUCUGAACUCUACCUUGGACAAUGGAUGGUUCCUACUUGACUGUGAUGAACACUUAUCCCAAAGCUGAUCAUUUUGAUGAGAAACUUUCGGAUCUGACUGCUGAGUUUAGUCAGGGCCAUAAUGCUGUGCUGGGAUCUAUUAAGUCACAGAAGUUUCUGUACAUUGGGAAUGAAAGCAUGUCAUAUUCACAAUCUAAAAUUGGCAUGGAACCUAAGUGUGUAUCUCUUUAAGUAUUGUGAUUUUAUCCUUGGCUUCCCUUGCACCACGAAGUAUUGCCUAUCCAGUGCUGGGUGACCUAAUUGCCUAGAAACAUCUUAAUGUUGUUGAUGGCCCCUUUGACCCCAACAGGCAUGCUCCCUCACAAAACCAAAAGAGGACAGGCUGCAUUGGAGAGGUUGAAGGUGUUCGAUGGUGUUCCCCCCUCCUUAUGACAAGGUGACUGAUGUUUCAAUAAUUCAGCGUAACUCUAUGAUUGUGUGUUGUCAGUGAUGCAACUUUUUCAUACAUUGUUUGAGUAUUGACUUUGAGAAUACCCCUGAAUCUGGGAUGCAAAUGUCAUCCCCCUCUAAGGGACUUGCAGUUGCGUUUGGAGCUGACGUUUUAUUUUGUUCCAACAGAGGAAGCGCAUGGUCGUACCUGCCGCCCUGAAGAUUGUGCGUCUGAAGCCCACUCGCAAGGUAAGCCUAAAAUCAGUAUCAAAUAACGCCACUGAAUUGAUCAAAGCUGCAUUAACUAGUAGGUAGCUGUAUUUUAAAAGUUGCAGGCUGUGCUAAUGUUUAGCCACGUCGUUCUUGCGAGUCAGACAUUGGCCAACAUGUAUUUAGCCAGUUACCAAUCUUUGCUUAUUGUCAGUGAUGUUUACCACAGUAAGUAUUCGAGUUUGACGACCAUGAGAAUACUUUACAUGCACUACCAUCUGAGACAUAAAGCAACAUCCAAAUAAUCAUUUUAAUCACAAGUAGUGACAACAGUUCUUUUAUGAUCUGAUAUGAAUUGUUAGCCUAAUUGAUUUGUAACACUAUUGUUUCAUGAGUAAUGUUUCCUGUCCUUUGUGUGAACUUGCCUUCCCCAGUUCGCCCUCCUCGGACGUCUGGCCCACGAGGUCGGCUGGAAGUACCAGGCUAUCACAGCCACAUUGGAAGAAAAGAGGAAAGAGAAGGCCAAGAUCCGGUACACCAAGAAAAAGACAGAGACCAAGCUGUCAAAGCUGGCAGAGAAGAAUGUGGAGAGCAAGAUUUCAAAGUACACUGCUGUCCUUAAACAAUACGGUGUCCUUGUCUGAGCUGAUUCGUGGUUGCCUAUAAAGAUAAAUAAAUGUUUAUAGAAAGUG